AUGGCAAUGUCCAGCAAGGUUCUCAUGGGAUGCUCCCGCCAAGCCUUGAAUGGAGUUAGACACAGCUCAUCUGCCCCAAAGGUCGCCCUUCUUGGAGCCAGCGGUGGAAUCGGACAGCCAUUGGGUCUUUUGUUGAAGAACAACCGUGCUGUAGCUCAGUUGUCGUUGUACGAUGUUGUCAACACUCCCGGUGUUGCUGCCGACCUUUCUCACAUCGACUCGCCAGCCCAGGUUACUGCCCACACUGGACCUCAGGAGUUGCACAGAGCUUUGGAGGUAAUUAUUGUCCUUUUUUAUUUGUUGGUUUGAGGAUUUAUAAUAAGCCAACGAAUUGUAGUUCAUAUUAUUAUAGGCUCUAUUUUUAGAUUUUUAAAGCUCUUUUUACAUUUUUAACAGCGUUGAGUAAGAGACUGAUCUUGUUACAUACUCGGAUUUACUAUUUCAGGGAGCUGAUGUCAUCGUCAUCCCAGCUGGUGUACCCCGUAAACCAGGAAUGACCCGUGAUGAUCUCUUCAACACCAACGCCGGUAUCGUCCGGGAUUUGGCCGAAGCCGCUGCCAAAGCUGCCCCACAUGCCUUCAUUGCUAUUAUCACCAACCCAGUCAACUCCACAGUACCAAUUGUGUCCGAAGUGUACAAGAACAACAACGUAUACGACCCACGUCGUAUCUUCGGAGUUACCACUUUAGAUGUCGUUCGUGCUCAGACUUUUGUUGCCGAGAAGAAGGGACUUGAUGUCAACUCGACCGUUGUCCCAGUUGUCGGUGGACAUGCUGGUAUCACAAUCAUCCCAUUGCUCAGCCAAGUCAAGCCAGCCGCCAAAUUCAGCGACGAAGAGAUCAAAGCUUUGACCGAGAGAAUCCAAGAAGCCGGUACUGAAGUCGUCAAAGCCAAGGCUGGAACUGUAUGUAUAUUUUAAUGUAUAUUUGACUUUUAGGAAGUUCUCAGUUUUUUGCCAUGUUGAUUAGAAGUAUCAUAUCUGACACCGUUUUUACUGUAGAUAGGAGUCAGUGUUUUUCUGUAUCGUUAAAGUUUCAAUAGUUUUUCAUUAUUUGGUAUUUAAAAAUGAUUUUUUAGGGAUCUGCUACCCUCUCCAUGGCCUAUGCUGGUGCUCGCUUCGUCAACUCUUUGAUCAAGGGUCUCCGUGGCGAGAAGGUCGUCGAAUGUGCCUAUGUCAAGUCUGAUGCCGUCAAGGGAGCCGAAUACUUCUCGACCCCACUCGAACUCGGCCCCAACGGAGUUGAAAAGAUCCUCGGUGUUGGACAAGUCUCAUCAUAUGAACAACAACUCAUCGAUGCCUCAGUUCCAGAGCUCGUCAAGAACGUUGAGAAGGGCGUCAAGUUCAUCAAGGGCUAA